GAUGAACGGCAGCUUCCGAGUAUGGAAGCGGUGCAUGUCUCUGGCAGAGCGCUGCGCUAACAUGCGCCAACUGAAAGCCAUCCACGCCAUCUUCAUCACCCAAGGUCUCCACCUUCAUAACUACGCCAUCAGCAAACUCAUCUCCUUUUGCGCUCUCUCGGACUCCGGAAGCCUGCGCUACGCGUCUCUCAUGUUUGAUCAAAUCGACACCCCAAAUUUGUAUAUCUACAACGCCCUCGUCAGAGCCUACUCUCGCAGUUCUCACCCUCGUCUUGCUCUGCAUUACUUCCAACUCAUGUUGGAUACACAAACCAACGUAGUUCCUGAUCACCACACCUUUCAUUUCGUCCUUUUGGCUUGCGUAAAUGGCGGUUGGCUACUUGAGGGGAAGCAAAUUCAUAAUUGGGUGAUUAAAAAUGGGCUUGUUUUAUUUGACUCUCACGUUCAGACUGCGCUUAUGCGAUUAUAUGCAGCGUGUAAGAUUAUAAAUGAUGCGAGAAAAGUGUUUGAUGAAAUACCUUUUAGAGAUCUUAUUCAGUGGAACGUACUUAUGAAUGGGUAUAUACGAUGUGGUUUGGCUUAUGAUGCUUUGAAGGUUUUCCGAGAUAUGUGGGUACCUGGGGUUGAACCUGAUGAGUACUGUGUAGCUACUGGACUCUCGGCUUGUACACAUUUGGGGGCUCUUUGGCAGGGGAAGUGGAUCCACCAGUAUGUUAAGAAGAGGAAAGGGUUCGAAUCUGAUGUGUUUAUAAGGACGGCGCUUGUUGAUAUGUAUUCCAAGUGCGGUUGUUUAGAUAUGGCUGUGGAAGUAUUCGAGAGGAUGCCUAAAAGGAAUGCGUUCUCUUGGGCGGCCAUGAUAGGAGGUUUUGCAGUACAUGGAAAUGCAAUGAAAGCAAUCCAUUGCUUGGAGAGGAUGCAGGUGGAGGAUAGACUUAGGCCUGACGAGAUUGUCCUUCUUGGAGUAUUGAUGGCUUGUAGUCAUGCAGGUCUGCAGAAAGAAGGCCAGUUUCUAUUAGACAACAUGGAAACUCAAUAUGGUAUCGUACCCAAACAUGAGCAUUAUAGUUGUGUGGUGGACCUGCUCUGCAGGGCAGGUCAAUUAGGGGAAGCACUUCUGCUCAUCAGAAGAAUGCCUAUGAAACCUCUUGCUUCUGUUUGGGGUGCUUUACUGAACGGUUGCCGAAUUGGUAACAACAAAGAACUCGCAGAGCUUGCUGUUAAAGAGCUUCUACUGCUAGAAGAUGAUGAUAAGAGAGAAGAAGACGGUGCCUAUGUUCAGUUAUCAAACAUUUAUUUAGCCGCAAGAAGAAGUGAAGAUUCAAUUAGAAUAAGGAAGAUGAUAGGUGGCAGGGGUUUGAAGAAGACACCGGGAUGCAGUAUGAUAGAGGUUGACGGGAAGGUAAAUGAGUUUGUUUCAGGAGACGUUGUACAUUCACACCAAGUUAAGAUAUGUGAAAUGCUAGAUUUAUUAUACGUGGAAGGGUCUGGAUCCUUUCUAGAUAACAAUAUUCCAGUCACAAAUUUCUAACUGAGUUUUCAAUGUGAUGUCUAAGUUUCACUUAAUUGUUGCUGCUUCGCAUAAAGUUUUCAAGCUGGUUCCCAUUCCACCAUACACAUAAUUAUCAGCAUAUACUUCACUGUAUCAGCUAUGGCAUAGAUGAAUUAUAAAGUGCUCCUCCUUUUUCUUUUU